GUGUGGAACGGAUGUUGAAAAAUGACAAGUUACUUUUAAAGGGCAUUGAUCUAUCAAGCAAUCAGUUAUCAGGGGAAAUUCCAAAAGAACUUGUGGAUUUGAUUGAAUUGGUUACCUUGAAUUUAUCAAGAAAUAAUUUAUCAGGUGAAAUUCCUCUAAAGAUUGGUAAUCUUGCAUCACUAGAAUUUCUUGAUUUGUCUAGAAACAAUCUAUCUGGUUUGAUUCCUUCUAGUCUUACACAAAUCAACCGUUUGUCUAUGUUGGAUUUGUCUCAUAACAAGUUGUCUGGAGAGAUUCCAAUUAGCACACAAUUGCAGAGUUUCAAUGCCUCAAGUUAUGAAGAAAAUCAAGAUCUUUGUGGGCCACCUCUUGAGAAAAUGUGUUUCAAAGGAAAAUCAAGGCAAACAUCUUCGGCAAAAACCAAAGAAGAUGAUCAUGAUCCUUUCUACCAAGCAUUUUACAUGAGCAUGGGAUUGGGAUUUUUUGUUGGAUUUUGGGGCAUCUUUGGCACCAUUCUGUUCAAUCGCUUUUGGAGACAUGCUUACUUCAAAUUCUUGAACAAGUUGACAAAUAAAGUUAUGUCAAGGUGGUAGUAAGUGGGCUGAAUGCACCAAGUUGUUUGAACUAUGAAGGCUAGCUUCAUUUCAUUGGUAAUGUUUUGUGACACCUAAAAAAGAAAAUUGAAUGUGUGAUGCUUUGUAACAAUUUUGCCUUUCACUUCUCUCAUUCUUUAACGAGAAAGUUUAAGUGGAAAGGUGGGGUUUGGUAAUGUGUAUCAAUGUAUC